GCUGCGCCACCCACGCGCCGUGCCGCGUUUGCCUUCACGUCCGCUCGCGCAGAUCCCUUCCGAGCCAGCACCACCCGCAGACUUUCCACCUGCAAGAUGCUUUCCUUGGAUCCACUGGGGCCCGAGUGGGACUGCCCCUUGAGCUCCAAGGACCUGGACCAAGAGGAGGAGCCAGGGAGAGGGGGCUCUGGCCUGCCACCCAUCAGCUGCUUCCCUGGCUCCUGGCGCCAGGAUGUGGGCCUGGACUGCAAAGGCUCCCCUGAGGGUGCCGAGGCCCGGGCCUGGACUGUCUACUACUACAGCCUCCUGCAGAGCUGUCUGCAGCAAGCUGGGCUUCCGGAGACUCAGGACCGAAGCCAGGUGCCCCACACAGGUUGCCCUGGUGCCGAGGUGACCUUGUGCAUUCUGGGAUCCCCCAGCACCUUUCUGUCUGUGCUGCUGGAGGGUGGGGUCCAGAGCCCGGGAAACAUGCUCCUCUGCCUGUCUCCAGCUUGGCUGACGAAGGUGCCAGCACCAGGGCAUCUGGGUGAGGCGGCCCUGCUGGUCUCCAAGGCUGUGAGCUUCUAUCCAGGGGGCCUGACAUUCCUGGAUGACUUUGUGCCCCCACGGCGUGCCACCUACUUCCUGCCAGGCCUGGGGCUGGGCCCUGGCUGGGGCCGGGAGGCAGCAGAGCUGGCCCGCAACCUGACUUGCCCCACAGGAGCCUCAGCGGAGCUGGCCCGGCUGCUGGAGGACCGGCUGCUGAUGAGGCGGUUGCUGUCCCAGCAGGGCCGUGUGGCCGUGCCAGCUACUCUGGCUUUCACCUACAAGCCUCCAGGGCUGCUGCAGGGAGGGGACGCCAGCCCAGGACUACGGCUGGUGGAACUGAGUGGCAAAGAGGGCCAGGAAACACUGGUGAAAGAGGAAGUAGGGGCCUUUCUGCACUCCGAGGCUCUAGGUGAUGCUGUGCAGGUUGCUGUGAAGCUCAGUGGCUGGCGCUGGCGGGGGCGGCAGGCUUUGUGUCUGCACCCUCGGGUGGAGCUGGGUGCUGUGGUGGACACAGUGCUGGCGCUGCUGGAGAAACUGGAGGAAGAAGAGAGUGUCCUGGUGGAGGCCAUGUGUCCACCUGCCCGGCUGCCCUUCCCAGGAGGUCCCUCACCCAGCCCCGAGAUGGCUGUGCGUAUCUGUGCUGUGGUGUGUCGCACUCAGGGUGAUAGGCCCCUACUGAGCAAGGUGGUGUGCGGAGUGGGUCGUGGGGAUCGGCCUCUGCGGCACCAGAACUCCCUGCCGAGGACGCUGGAGGUGGCGCUGGCCCAGUGUGGCCUGAGCGAAGCGGCACAGGUGGCAGCCGUGAGGCAGCGCGUCAAGGAGGCAGCUGAGGCCGUGCUGGCCGCGGUACUGGCCCUGGAGGCUGGACUGAGCGCCGAGCAGCGCGGCGGGCGCCGGGCUUGCACUGACUGCCUCGGCGUGGACUUCGCGCUGACAGUGUCCGGCCGCGCGCUGACCCCGGUGGCCCUCGAGCUGAACAGCAGCCUGUGCCUGGAGGCCUGCGGCACGCUGGAGGGGUUAUGGGCCGCGCCCCGCCUGGGGUUGGCGGCCGAGGAGGCGGCGGCUGCGCCGCUGGUGGAGACCAUGCUCCGGCGCUCGGCGCGUUACCUCAUGGAAGGAAAGCAGCUGCUGCUGGUUGGCGCCGGCGGCGUCAGCAAGAAGUUCGUGUGGGAGGCGGCGCGCGACUACGGGCUCAAGCUGCACCUGGUAGAGUCAGACCCCAACCACUUUGCGUCUCAGCUGGUACAGACUUUUAUCCACUUUGAUGUGACGGAGCACCGGAGGGAUGAGGAGAAUGCGCGGCUCCUGGCAGAGCUGGUGCGAGCACGUGGCCUACAGCUAGAUGGCUGCUUCUCCUACUGGGAUGACUGCCUGGUGCUCACAGCCCUACUCUGCCAGGAGCUGGGACUGCCCUGCAGCCCUCCGGCUGCCAUGUGCCUGGCUAAACAGAAGAGCCGCACUCAGCUGCACCUGUCUCGCCGUCACGGCCCGCCGUGGCCUGCACCCUCCCUCCAUGCUGUGGCCUGCUGCCCUCUGGAGAGUGAGGCAGAUGUGGAGAGGGCUGUCCAUCAGGUCCCCCUCCCAGGUGUGAUGAAGCUGGAGUUUGGGGCAGGUGCAGUGGGUGUGCGGCUGGUGGAGGAUGCGUCACAGUGCCAUGAGCACUUUUCCCGGAUUGCCCGUGACUUGCAGGGUGAGGCUGACCAUCCAGGCAUUGGGCUGGGCUGGGGCAAUGCCAUGCUGCUGAUGGAGUUUGUGGAGGGCACUGAGCAUGAUGUGGACCUGGUGGUGUUUGGUGGGCGGCUGCUGGCUGCCUUUGUCUCUGACAAUGGCCCCACGAGGCUGCCUGGCUUCACGGAGACAGCAGCCUGUAUGCCCACGGGGCUGGCACCAGAGCAGGAGGCACAGCUGGUGCAGGCAGCCUUCCGCUGCUGUCUGGGUUGCGGGUUGCUUGAUGGUGUCUUCAAUGUGGAGCUCAAGCUGACUGGGGCUGGCCCUCGGCUCAUCGAGAUCAACCCCCGCAUGGGUGGUUUCUACCUGCGGGACUGGAUCCUGGAGCUCUAUGGUGUGGAUCUGCUGCUGGCUGCUGCAAUGGUGGCCUGUGGUCUGCGACCUGCCCUGCCCACCCACCCCCAUGCUCGUGGUCACCUGGUGGGCAUCAUGUGCCUGGUGUCUCAGCACCUGCAGGCAUUGAGUUCCACAGCCAGCAGAGAGACCCUGCAGGCUCUGCAUGACCAGGGCCUACUGCGCCUCAAUUUGCUGGAGGAGGCCCUGGUGCCUGGCGAGUAUGAGGAGCCCUACUGCAGUGUGGCCUGUGCUGGCUCCAGCCCUGCUGAGGCCCGCCUCCGCCUGCUGGGCCUCUGUCAGGGCCUGGGCAUCGACAGGCCCAACUACCCGGUUGCUCAUUUUCUGUCUCAUUUCAAAUAGUCCUGGAGCCAGGGGUGGGGAUAAAGUGCUAAGGGGAGGAGUUGUAGUGCCCUCUACCUGCUGGUGUGCUUCUUGUCUGUCUCUGCCUAUCACCCCACUCUAACCCCAGCCUGGCCUGCUCCCAUGCCUCAGGUUUGCUUCAGAGCAGCAGGGCCAUUUUGACACCAAAUCCUCCUGGGCUAAGGGCCAUAAAACAAAUGUGUGUAGGGAGCCCUCUUGGCCUCUCAAAGGCUUCGGUGCAGUUCACAGCUGCCCCAGGACUCUAGCCCUGGAAAAGUACCAGGAGUUACACACACACACUGCAACUGCCCACCCCAAAUGGGAGUGGACCCAGACCGAGGCCCUCUUCUCCACCCUUCCAGGGUUGUCUCUCUUCCUGCCACCUACAGGGAAGAACCUUGGUGGGCCUCCAGCCUUGGACAAAUCCCAUGAUGAGCUGAGAUUUAAAUGCUUGUCUUCUUAUCCAUAUCCUAGGGUAGUUCUAGAGCCCAGUGUAAACCUUCUGGCAGUGCCCCUGUCUCAAAUGGCCUGAGAAGCAGAAGCAAGUGGCUUGUGGUCAGGAGUAAUCGCCUCCCCUCAUACUUUCACAGAGAUACUAUUGUCCCCAUUCUCCAGAUGAGGAAACAGGCUCAGAGAGGAAAAGUGACUAUCCCCACGGUCCUUCCACCAGGGAUAUGGACACAAGGGCUGGGGCCAGGUUCCCACAUUCACUAAGUCUUACAUGCCUGCUCAGCUUCUAGGCCCCUCAGCCUCUGUACCCUCAUCGAAAACAGCUCAGAGACUUGUGAACACCUGCCUCCCAUGCACCAUACACCUCCACCAAGUGUCUGUGCUUUGGCCUCUGGAACAUCUAACUAGGAUUGGCAGAAGGUGUCUGCACUGCGUUCUUCAUUUAGGGAAACUGCUUCAAGAACUAUCUCUGUACAGCAUAGGAACAGUGGACAGCUCCCCCAGCAGGCAUCCCUUCCCAAAUAAAGGCUUAUGGACUAGUGAAAUA